AUGAAUAAAUGCCUAAUAGGAGUGUUUUAUAUUUGCAUAUUGUAUAAGAGAUGUGUAAGCAUAUCCUGGUUCAACGCGACGGAUUCGAGCAGGCCCUACGACAUCAGGGAACAAAUAAGGCCAAAAAUAGAUAACCCAGAAGUGUUUGAUAACAUGUUGCGGUUUCUGGAAAGCAAAAGUAAGAUGGAAGAGGUGCGAAAACACACACGCAAAGGAACAGAGACCGUGGAAACAAUAUCGAAGUAUUUGGGGAAAGAUAUCGCAAAAAUCAUAAUUCAUAUCGCAAACAUGGCAAGCCUACAAUCAAAUCGGUCGAAGGAAUACGAAGAUUAUAACCUGGAAAUCAACUCAAACACAAUACUGGAGCACAUAGCGAGCGUACUGGAGUCACAAAGUAAAGGUAAAGAAAGCAGUAAGUCCUCCAUGGGAAGAACAAGUGCGGGAUUCUAUCCGCACUUCUCCAAGAUUGAAGGCAAACAGGACGUCCGCAGAAAUUUCAGCACGUUUAACUACAGAUCGACUGCGAAGAAUCACCUAGGAAUAGUAAUAGUGCCUCAGCAAUCAGUCUACGUAAUAGAGAGGUUUGGGAAGUAUAGGAAGACAAUAGGCGCAGGAAUACACCUGCUGUUGCCGACAAUCGACAAGAUAUCGUACAUACACUCGCUCAAGGAAAACACAAUAGUGAUCCCGAAUCAGACUGCAAUCACAAAAGAUAACGUGAUGAUUCAAAUCGACGGAGUUUUAUACGUAAAGUGCAUCAACCCAUACGAUGCAUCAUACGGAGUGGAAGAUCCAAUUUUUGCAGUCACACAACUGGCACAGACCACAAUGAGAUCUGAGUUAGGAAAACUUUCACUAGACUCGACCUUCCUGGAAAGGGACAACCUAAACAACUUAAUUGUAAACAAUAUAAAUGUGGCAUCGAAGUCUUGGGGGAUUAGUUGCCUACGCUAUGAAAUUAGGGACAUAACGCUGCCGAAAAAUAUAAUAUCGGCGAUGGAAAAACAGGCGGAAGCAGAAAGAAUGAAAAGAGCAGAAAUAUUAAGAAGCGAAGGAGACAAGGAAAGUGAAAUCAACAUAGCAAUAGCAAAGAGACAAAUAGAAAUACUCAAGGCAGAAGGAGAGGCGAAGGCAGAAAGGCAAAGAGCAGAAGCAGCAGCGUACACACUGGAAGUGCUAACAAAUACACUCAAGAAAGCAGGAGUCGUGGAGGCAGUGACACUGAGACUAGCGGAGAAGUACAUAGCAGCCUUUUCGAACCUGGCGAAAACAAAUAACACAAUCAUUCUGUCGAGCGCCAACGGAACAAACGAUCUAAUAACACAGGCAACAACAAUAUUCAGUAGACUAAAUAAACAAUGUGAGUUAAAAGGAAGUAAUCAGGCAGAUAGAAAUAAAUAG